CCGGUGCGUGGGGUGGAGCCGUGUUGUGCCGGUGCCCCUCCGCGGGGCGGGGACGAGCUGUGCCGUAGCUGGGGCGUGGGGCGGAGACGAGCGGUGCCGGUGCCGCUGUCCGGAGCCGUGCCGGUGCCGCUCCGCGGGCCCCCAUGAGCCGGUGAGGCGGCGGCGGUGCGGGAGGGAUGGCGGCGGGCGGCGGCGGGGGGCGACCGCCGGGCCCCGACCCCGCGCUGGAGCCCUACGUGCAGACCCGCAUCUUCAAAAUCAUCGUGAUCGGAGACUCCAACGUGGGCAAGACGUGCCUGACCUUCCGCUUCUGCGGGGGCACCUUCCCCGGCAAGACCGAGGCCACCAUCGGCGUGGAUUUCCGCGAGAAGACGGUGGAGAUCGAGGGGGAGCGCAUCAAGGUGCAGGUGUGGGACACGGCUGGCCAGGAGAGGUUUCGGAAGAGCAUGGUGGAGCACUACUACCGCAACGUGCACGCCGUGGUCUUCGUGUACGACGUGACCAAGAUGAGCUCCUUCAGCAACCUCAAGACGUGGAUCGAGGAGUGCAACGGGCACGCCGUGCCCCCGCUCGUGCCCAGGGUGCUCGUGGGGAACAAGUGUGACUUGAAAGACCUGAUCCAGGUGCCAUCCAGCCUGGCCCUCAAGUUCGCCGACGCUCACAACAUGCUUUUGUUUGAGACCUCGGCCAAGGACCCGCAGGAGAGCCAGAACGUGGACGCGAUUUUCAUGUGCCUGGUGUGCCGGCUGAAGGCGCAGCGCUCGCUGCCCUGCCGGGACACGGAGGGCUGGCCGGCGCAGCCCCAGCCGCAGCCCCGGCGGCAGGAGGAGGCCGGCGGGAGAGGCUCCUGCCCGUGCUGAGCGGGACCGGCCCGGACCCCAAUAAAGGCUCUGACCCCUG